AUGUCUCAACAAAAGAUUGACUUGACGAAAUUGAAUUUGGAACAGCUAAACACUGUCAAACAGCAAUUCAGUCAAGAAUUGCAACACUUUCAGCAAUCAUUGCAGGCCUUGCUGGUUGCCAAGAACAAAUUUCUCGAAUGUAUCGAUGAUAUCAAAACCAUAUCUGCAAAAGAAAACGAAAACCAGAGUAUAAUGAUGCCUGCCUCAUCUUCUCUAUACAUUCCAGCAGUCAUCAAGGAUAAUCAAAUGUUUAUGGUCGACGUGGGCACCGGUUAUUUUGUGGACAAGAGUGCACAAGAUGCGAUCAUUUUCUACCAGAAGAAAGUGGAUAAACUAGAGAAGGAGUCUUUAGUAAUUCAAAACAUCAUAAAGGAAAAAGGCAUUUCUGCCUCAGCCAUUGACCAACAGAUUAGACAGGCAGCGGUAAAACAGCACGAAGAUAGUAAGAGGAAUCCGCAAUCUGCUGGUGCUGCCUGA